GUCCGUGAGGCUAGGCUGUGAUCGUUCGUUCGGUGCCACCGCCACUUCCUUACGGUUACUAGUGCUCGCUGCUCGCUGUGCUUUUGGGUUCAGAGAUGGUUUGGAUCAGUGCAACGUUGGACAGGACUGAGGACGCGAGUCUUAAAUAGGCAUUGUAGGCGUCAGCUUAGCAAUAUGACGGCCACGCAAGCAACUUUCCUUUUUUGCACUCUUUUGCAGGCUAUCCUAGCUGGAGGUCAAAUGGCUGAGCCCGAACCAGAAUUCUUGGCCCCACUGGAGAACCACACAGUUACACAAAAUAGAGACGUCUGCUUUACGUGUGUCGUUAAUCAUCUUUCUUCUUACAAGGUGGCCUGGAUCAAGUCUGACACUAAAGCUAUAUUGGCCAUUCACACUCAUAUGGUAGCACAGAAUCCAAGGCUCUCAGUCACACAUAAUGGCCACAACACAUGGAAACUGCAUGUAUCUAAUGUUCAGAAAAAUGAUUCUGGAACUUACAUGUGCCAAAUCAAUACAGAUCCUAUGAGAAGUCAGAUGGGCACUUUGGAGGUGGUGAUACCGCCGGACAUUUUGAACGACAAUGAGUCCGCCGACGGGGCCGGGGUGGCCAUCGAGGGGGGGACGAUCAGGCUGAAGUGUCACGCCACCGGUGUUCCUGAGCCUACGGUACUGUGGAGGAGGGAGGACAGCAAAAUGAUAGUACUGCGUCACGACGGAGGAAGAGACAAACAAGUCCUCCGAUCAUUUGACGGCGAUACGUUAGUUUUAACGAAUGUACAACGUACAGAUAUGGGAGCGUAUUAUUGCAUCGCAAGCAACGGAGUACCACCGUCCGUCAGCAAAAGAUUCCCCGUCAUGGUCCAUUUCCAACCCCUGAUAAGGGUGUCGAAUCAGCUAGUGGCCGCCCCCAUAGAAAGUGACGUUCUCGUACAGUGUUACGUCGAGGCAUCGCCGAAGGCAAUGAACCACUGGAUGCGAGACAACGGCGAAAAACUAAUAUCCAACGACAAAUACGUAAUGGAAGAGACAUACCUAAACGAAUACUCCUUACUUAUGAACUUGACAAUACGAAAGCUCGAGAAAAGAGACUUCGGCGGCUACAUUUGCCAUUCGGUGAACGCCAUGGGCAAAACGGAAGGAGUUGUACGAUUGCAAGAGCUGCAUCUAAUAGUGAAAUCUACAAGUACGGCGAGCACACCGCGAUACAUAGAAACAAAGCCGAGGAAGCCGCCGCACAAAGACAAACCGAAAAAAUGGAAACAAUCAAAGAAAAAGGAAACUGGCGACAACAAAAACGACGAGGAACACGAAAUGACCACACUACUGUUACCUGAGAUACGAACGCAGCCUCCAUUCCCAACAACAAUACCCAGCGCUAGUAGAUCGCCAUCUUGGACGCUCCUACAAAGGAACAACGCUGGCUUGCCCUUCGAUAGUUAUAACUGUACUCUCAUUGUAUUUAUUGUGUUUCAGUUUUAUACUAUUUAUAGGGAGAUCUAAAUUGUGAACUACUACUAAAAAAAACGGCCAUCGGUUUCGUAUUGUCGAGUAAUUUAAUUGAAGGCUGUAGCGUUUCUCAACAAAUGAUUGUAGUUAAUGGUUUAAGGUAAGUUUAAGAAAAUUGAUUGCUGGUGAACGUUACCACCUGCUACUUCUUACAUUUGUUUUAAAUUCAGGGUUCAUUAUACUUUUACCCAUGUAGGUAUGUGCAUUUUUCUAAACAAUAUAAAUGUAAUAACCCUUCCCAGACUUAUGGGAUGUAUAAAUCAAAUGUUAACUGUUUUAGAGCGAAUUUGUUUGACUGCUUCGACGUUGCUUUAAAAGUGAACUGCUUUUUGGGUAUGACUGAACAGAUGGCCCUAAUAUUGAUUGAUUAUACACGCUUUUGGCCGUUUUUUCCUCGAAUUUAUCAUAACCAAACAGUAGCUAUAAAAUUUUAUUAACCCUUAUUAAAUUCUUAACACCUUAGUACUCAUUAAUAAGGGUUAAUACUAUUACUGUAAUUUCUACAUGUAUAUUAAAUCUUAGAACAUUCGGAAGCAAGUAAAGGGAUACAAUUAAAGUUAUAAUAUUUCAAUAUUUUAAUAUAAAAUUUUAGUAAAUUUAUAGUCAAAUUGAUUGCGUACAAUAAUUAUAUCACUAGUAAGCAAUCAAUUUGAUUUUGUCGAAAAUUUAUAAUAUAGAAAAUGAUUCUGGACGUCUUCCUGGCAUAAUCAAGAGGCUGGAAUUCAGUUAAAGGCCAUUCAGCCCAUGUUAUAUAUAACCAGUCUGGUUUUGCUGAGACAGGGUGUUUCAAAAAUACAUGCCUAGUGAAUUUAUAUUUAAUGCACAUCGCCGUUUUUGACCCACCCUAUAAAACAACUCAUUUUGAGUUUCAUAUCAAAAUGUCUUCCCUUGUAAGUCGUGAUAUACGUUUUAUCGGGAUGAAAAUUUAUAUUUUGUGAAUGUGGAUAAAGAAAUUUAUUUACUUUGUUGUGUUAGUUUAUACACUGUGUAAUUAAUAAAACUUAAUUAUGAUUUUAAAUUUGCUUUAUUUUGAAGAUGUAAAAGGCAAAUUAACAGAAAUGUGAAUAUUUAAAAAGAUGUUAAAAAUACGUUUAAUCGACAACACAAAUUGCAAAAUAUUUUCAUCCUGUCUCAGAAAUUUAAAGGACUUGCAUUGUUCCCCAAGACAAUCUAAGUUGUUUAAAAUUCACGUAUUUCAAAUUCAAAAAUGAAUGUUUGACCCUUAUAUAUUUAACGAAAUUUACUUUACGACAUUAAAAUCUGACCAAUCUAUGUUUUUAUACACCUACGUCAACAAAAAGCAACGACAAUAAGUAUCAGCAAUUGCAUAUCACCAUUGUUACCUAACAUAUCAUUUAAUCAGUUUUCGUGAACUUAAUUAAUUUUUUGUUAAAUAUAUAAGGAAGAUUAUGUUAUUAAUUUAACCCUGUACAUAUUAAAUUGAACAUCAACUAAUAAUGACAAUAUAUUAUUCGUAAACUAACCUAAUUUGUACCUAAUAUUUGUAACGACAAUAGCAUAUUAAAAAAAAACUUCAAGUACCAAUCAAAAACAUAAAAGAAAUCGAAACAAUAAUUUUAAAAUUAAUGUAACAAAUCCUUAAUGUCUUCCGAAUUGAUUACAUAUAUUUUGUUUGUAAUUUUAUUUAUUGUAAAAUUACGGUGCUUCGAAAAUGAAUUAAUUUUUGUAAUAAUGUUAGGCAUAACCUAUUGUUAAGAGAAUUGUGUUAAUAUUAUUUAAAUUAAUCUAUAUUCAUAUAUAAUAAAAUAUGUUGAUAAAUGUCAAGAAUUAUUUACUCCUUUACACAUCCUUUUUGAUUUUUUGCUUUAAAGAGUUGCUCUUUGAAGUGUAAAAACUAAGUAAUUUUUGAUGUUUAUUAAAGAGCUUCGUAUCAUUUACAGGUUAUAAUUUUUGGUAGGAUGUUUAUUUAAAAAUUGUUACCCAUAAAAUAUAAAAAUACGAAGUUAUCGUGUAGGUGUUUUUUUAAAGAGAUAAAAAGAACAAUCAGACAUUGUUUCAUAGAGUAGUAAAUAUGUAAUUAAGAGAAAAUGUUACACAAUAAAUUUGUUAUGUAUUUAUCGGUGUAUAAUGUAAUGUAUAAAAAAACAUUAUAUCUAUAUUUACCUCAAACAA